GGCAUUCUACAAAAAUACCUAAAUGAUACAAGGGGUCUGAAUUCUACCCCUGUACGUCCACAUCAAGGUUUUCAAAAUGGGACGGUCAAUAGGAUUUCUCUGACUGUGAGUGUGUGGGUGGCUAGGAUUUUUUCAGAAAAAAAUAUAUUGUCUCCAAAGUUGAUUGAAAACUAAAUAUGCUUCCAUCUGUUGGACAAAAAGAACAUGUCGGCCACCAAAAAUACGUUGUUGCAAGGUGGGUUUUUGAAAAAUGUUUUAUUUAGGCUCAUAGUUUAUAUUAACUGAUUUUGCAUUUGUAGCUGCAAAAUAUCUAGUCUCCAUACUUAUCCAACGUCGCCCACUCCCCCUUCCAAAGGAACAUGAAAUGGUCGGCCCCUCAGGCCUAGUGUAGUAAAAACCAAUAUGCUUGUCAUUUAUCUUUCUCUCCUAUUAGCUAUUUUCUGUGGUCGUCGUGUUUCCAGAUUAGAAAUCAAACCAAAUAAGAACUGUCGCUGCACACGUUGGAAAAUACCAGUACCAUUGAACUUUUAUUUUAUCCCUGUAGGCUUGGGAAUAAUUCCCAAAUCCCACUUGGAUUAUCAGAGAUGUGCAUUCUUACUAGUCUGCUAGCCCGUGUCAGUUUGUCGAAUGUAAAAGGUAUUGUGAAGGCUAGUAUAAUAGAGGGUCGUUAUGUGGUAUCGCUAUUCGGCAUAGCAAACGUUUAAGGUUAAUGUCCAUCUCAUAGUGAACAAAAUUAACCCUGUUUCGGGUAAUGGAGGCACGAAAAACACCCAGUUUCACCUGCACAAUUUUUUCAAACUCUGAACUGAUGUAGGCAACGUUUCAGUUGUAAGAUACAACUUAAUACCGGUGUUCAGACGAAAUAAACCCGGCAGUUUUCACCCUUGGCAAUGCCAUUAGGCUUUACCACGCCGGAAGCUGGCGAUGAGCCUCGUUCUGACUCAUCGAACUCCGUAACGUAGUUACCGUUGCCGUUAUCGACGUCCCUUCUGUUUUCAACAGAAAAACGAUCGCUUUUGCUCCGCUGACCUCUACGUUUCGCUCACUGCUGUAUCAUUCCAAGUGUGUCUUCUUCCAAGAUGAAUACAAGGCUUCACAUUCAAGCUCGGGAGGACAUAAUUCGCUAUUAUGGCACUCCUGCGGCUGUGAGUUUGUGGCCGUCUCAGGAUGAGGAGUCCGACUGUCGUUCCCUGGCUGUGUCCCCUUCCCGUUGUCCCGACCCCCUGAGCGUUUUCACUCCGUUCUGGGCCCGCCCUGUCUACGGUGAGACGCUCCCCGCCCCCGUCACCAUCAACCACGCCGCUUACUAUCCUGCCCCAAGUGACGACGAUGACAGUGACUACUGGGUGUACGAGGACGAGGACGACCACAGCUUUGUGGAUGACAGAGAGAUUCAUCCCCUUAGAAAGGCGCUGACGAGAGCGGCUGCCUUCUUUAGGAAGAUCUUCUCUUAGACUCCUUAUCCUUUUAAUGUCUGAAUGUGUGCAAGUGAGUGAAUGAAUGAGCAGGUGUGUAUGUAUGUAUGUAUGUAUGUAUGUAUGUAUGUAUGUAUGUAUGUAUGUAUGUAUGUAUGUAUGUAUGUAUGUAU